UAGUUAUCUCAAUCUGUUUCUUGUUUGAGUUUGUCUGUAUGACAAGUUUAUCUCUACCUCUCUCUUUUAAAUUCUAAAAUCAGAUAAUUAAUGGGUGAUGGCUUGUUGUAAUUCUUUAUUGGUUUGUGCUAACUGCUAAGUACUAAACUAGUCUCCUGCUUGGAUAUUUUUUUUGUGUUUACAUUUAAGUUAUGGGCUCUGGCUUGAAUUUGGUGGAUGGGUUUAUCUCACAUGGACAAGCAGAAUGAUUUGCAUGUGUUGUUGCAGAAGAUUUUAGUACAUUGCCGUGGUUGCUUUUGCUUAUCGCUUUGUAUUUCGUAGGGUUUUAAUUUAGCUUCAUGAACAGUGCCAUAUAUCUAUUAUGGUAUAUGUUGGUUCCAAGAUAUAAGUACAGUGCUGUUUGGUUAACAAAACUAUCAGGAAGAAGGUCAUGCAUUGUUAAUUAAGUGGAAGUGUUGCAAAGAUGAACAAAAAUAAUUAUAAUGGUCAUGCACUGCCUCGUUUUAAUUUCUGUUAUUCCCUGCAAAUUUAACUGUAGUUGAUCUAACAAAUAUUUCCAAAAAUUUGACGCCGCUUUUAUUAUGCUUGACGUUAGUUAUAGCUUUUGUUGGUUCGAGACUGUUGGAUCGAGGAACCUACCCGACUAUUAUCAACAGUAAUUUGGGGAUAUUUACUGUCUCACUUAUGAACUUUCCCGUUUUGUUGGCGGAGAACAAAUCUCUGGAUAAGUAUUCAACAAUUUCGUUAGUUUGAGAUUCGAUGGGUUUUCUUUUCUAAGAUCAUAGUCACAUGCAAUCACUUCUUUUGUUUCUAUCUUGGAUUAAUUUGAGUCUUGAGAAGUGGUGUGUAUGAUUUCAAGACACGUGUUUGCAGCUGUACAAAAUUUGGCACCAAAUUGUUCUUUAAUGAAGUCUGAAGAGUUUGACCUCCGUAUUUAGUAAAAACGCCGUACCUGUUUUCCGUUCUUUGGCUUUAUAUCUCCCGAAGAAUUACGGUUUCAAAAUGGGGCUCAGCCACGUGGAUUUUAACCUUGUUCUGCAUUAACGCUUUAGGAAUGUUCUCAUGCAUGUUUCGUUUUUGCCAUGUUAGCUAUUAUAAUCUCUUACACGGCCUAGCCCUAGUCCCACGUGGGGUCCACCCUCAACUGUUUGCUCAGUAAAUGCUCUAUGAAUGUUUCUUAUGCUUUUUUUUUGUACGACUGUGUGUCAGUGUUAUCAAAUGGCGGUAAAUGCUCUAAAUUUGUAAAGAUUGCUCAUCAGUUGAGCAUUUCAUUUCUGGCAAUUUUCGGAAAAAAAUAAUAUUUUUUCAUUUCUCUGAUCGAACAAACUAAACCUGUGUUGGGUGCUCUCAAGACUUCAGCAAAUUUAUCCAAGAAAAUGGGAAACAGCACGUGGGAACUUUUUUCUCAAGCUAACUCUUAUCACACCUCAAGUGAUGCCUCGCUUUUCUUGGCUUCAUUGCCUGUUCUUGCCAAUGAGAAGUUGAACAUCAACGAACUAAACCGAGGAGUUCAUCUGGAGGGAAAGAAAUCUCUUGUUGAUGACGAGAAGAAUCAUGCAAUUGAGAGCUUACUACCCGACGAGAACGAACUAUUUGCUGGGAUGGUGAAUGAGCUUGUAGAUGACUCGGAAGAUUUCGAUCUUUUUCGAAGCGGAGGAGGCUUGGAACUCGAAACUGAUCUGCAAGAAAAUUUCGUACGAUUUGGUGUUUCCAGUCUGAAUUUAUCUGAUGGUGUUGGUGUUGGCAAUGGUGGGGCCCGCUUGAAUUUCCCCAUUGGUGGGGCGACAAUUGCCGGAGAACAUCCUCUCGGGGAGCAUCCUUCGAGAACUUUAUUUGUCCGUAAUAUUAACAGUAACGUUGAGGAUGCGGAGAUUAGAGCUCUCUUUGAGCAAUAUGGUGAUAUCCGAACAUUGUACACUUCGUGUAAGCAUAGGGGCUUUGUGAUGAUCUCUUACUAUGAUAUUCGAGCUGCCCGUACAGCAAUGCGUGCCUUGCAAAAUAAACCACUCCGGAGGAGAAAGCUGGAUAUUCACUUCUCUAUUCCUAAGGAAAAUCCUUCUGAUAAGGACAUGAAUCAAGGCACCUUGGUAGUAUUUAAUCUGGACCCCUCAGUUUCUAGCGAUGAUCUUCUUCAAAUUUUUGGUCCUUUUGGCGAGGUCAAAGAGGUAAGGGAAACUCCCAACAAGAGAAAUCACAAAUUUGUUGAGUUUUAUGAUGUUAGGGCUGCCGAAGCUGCACUUAAGUCCUUGAACAGGAUUGAUAUAGCUGGAAAACGUAUUAAGCUGGAACCUAGUCGUCCUGGUGGAGCUCGUAGAAGUUCACUGCUGCAAGCAAGUAAUGACCUUGAGCAAGAUGAAAGAAGUUUGUAUCACGUGGGUUCACCGCUUGGGAAUUCUCCCUCUGGUAAUUGGCCACAGCUCGGUAGUCCUAUGGAGCGAAACCCCUUGAAGAACUACAGCAAAUCACCCGUUUUUGGAUCUAUUAGUCCUCCACUUGUGCACGAUAGCUCGAGCGGCCAUUAUUUCGAUCACAUCUUUCCUAAUGGAAAUUUGAACUCCCGGGCCAUCUCGGAUAAAUCCCGUUCAUUUCCAGAACAUAUUCUCGGCAGUCAGUAUCGGGGGGCCGGGCCCGUUUCUUCAUUUGGGCAGUCCAGCUUCAGUGGGCCCACUUCCAACCCAUUAUUUGCUGGCCCACAGAAUAUCUGGGGAAAUACUAAUAGUAACAGUUUUAAUUUCCUAAAUCACCAUUAUCAUGUGGGGUCUGCUCCUCCCGAGCGGCAGUUCGGUUAUAUUCAGGAGUCUCUGAAAGGGUCAUUUAUGGGGCCCGGUUAUGGAAGUGUGGGCUCAAGUUAUGGGCUCAAUUGUGGGUCCAAUAUGCCUUCUGGUGGGAGACUGAGUCCUGCUUUUUUAGGUAAUGGCUAUUUUCCUAGCAUGGAAGGUUUGGCUGAACGAAAGUCGAGGCUUUUUGGAGUAAAGGGAGUCCAACUGGAUAACAUGAAACAAUUUCAGCUCGAUCUUGAUAAGAUUAAGAGCGGUGAAGAUGCUCGGACAACUCUUAUGAUAAAAAAUAUUCCCAACAAGUACUCGUCAGAGAUGUUGUUGGCUGCUGUUGAUGAGAAUCAUAGGGGGGCUUAUGACUUUCUAUAUUUGCCCAUUGACUUCAAGAAUAGAUGCAAUGUGGGUUAUGCGUUUAUCAACAUGUUGUCUCCACUGAAUAUUGUUCCCUUUCAUGCGGAAUUUGAAGGCAAGCGUUGGGAGAAAUUCAAUAGCGAAAAAGUCGCAUCCUUGGCUUUUGCUCGUAUUCAGGGGAAAGCUGCCCUCGUUGCCCAUUUCCAGAAUUCGAGCUUAAUGAAUGAAGAUAAGCGUUGCAGGCCAAUUCUCUUUGAUUUGGAACACACAGGAUUUAGUGAUGAGCACAUGCAAGAAAAUCUUCGUGCCUACUGUUCGAGCAGCCAACCUUGGCAAACAAAUGGGCCGAACGAGAAGUAGUAUUUUUUUUCCGAAAAGCCAUCGUCUUACAAGGUGUUGUUUUGGGUUGUAAAUGUAACUAAACGUACAAAAAGUAGGACAAGAGGCCCGAAAAGGAGAAUAGUUUCUGAUCCGAAAUUAGAAAUUGAAUGUUUAAAUUAGGGAGGGAGGAAGCUUGAGGGUAAGAAGAUCUAUGGCUCUGUAGUUUUGUUCUUAGUUUUUGUUGGUGAGAAGAUUGAUGGCACUGUAGAUUUGUUCUUAGUUUUUGUUUGAAGUAAGUUUGUGUUUGUGUGAAAAUCAACCUGGAAUUUUUGUCCCAGGCUUUUGGGUAAGUUUUGAAGGUUUGAUCGAUGUUUUGGUUGCUUAGGUGAACUGUAUGGACAAAGCUUUUGCUUGGAUCCCUUCUUACUUUCUUCCUGCCUUUAUUAUUAUUAUUA